AGGAUUGGAGAUAACAUAAAACUGAAAAGAAAAUAAAAUACAAUAUCCACUGCUAGCCAAUCCGAUCUCAUGGCCGCCAUUCUCUCACCAUCAGCCAGCCUUUCCUCCUCCGCCUCCACCCAAAAGCCGCCUCUGAUACCGCCACCAUCCAAAACCCACCUCCCUAUCCCAUCCCACAAACCCCUCCUAACUACACUAACGGCUACUAUUGCUGCCACCGCUAUAUUAACCACCACUACUCCUUCCCUGGCAGAUUCGGCACAAACCUACAACAUCUACUACGGCAAUGCAGCCAGCGCGGCCAACUACGGCGGAUAUGGCGGGAACUCGGACAAGAAGGCCUCAGCUGAAUACGUCUACGAUGUCCCUGAAGGGUGGAAAGAACGCCUAGUCUCCAAAGUUGAAAAGGGUACGAAUGGAACCGAUAGCGAGUUCUACAAACCAAAGAAGAGGACUGAAAAGGAAUACUUGACGUUUCUUGCAGGAUUCGGGCAGCUAGCUCCAAAAGAUGUCGUGUUAAACAACUUGGCCUUGUCUGAUGUGGACUUGCAGGACUUGAUAUCUGGAGCAGAUAGUGUGAAGAGUGAAGAGAAGAAAGAUGGAGAUGGGCAAUUGUAUUAUGUAUAUGAGAUUGAUGGGAUUGGGAAACAUAGCUUGAUUAAGGUUACUUGUGCUAAGAAUAAGCUUUAUGCUCAUUUUGUGAAUGCACCAACCCCUGAUUGGAAUAGGGAUGAAGAAACAUUGAGGCAUCUCCAUGAGUCUUUCAAGACUGUUGGUUCAUUUUAGGGACAGUUCUAUACGCAUAUAUGAGAUGAAUUGAAGCUUAAUUGCUUGUUU